GCAUGUGGGCGAAAUGGAAGGCUGGGGAGUACUCGCUUUAUCACAGAACACGAUUCAGAAUAGUCUACGCAGGGUGUGAAAUUAUUUUUUUUAAAAUGUGUAGUGGACAAAUGAGCGUCUCCCCAAAACACAAACAUUAAUAAACAUGCCGCGCAUUAACAACGGUGCAUUUUAACCUCUGGGGAAAACAUCAUAAACGAAAUCCCUCUGUUGGGCUUGAGAAAGCAGCUUUGCGGCGGAAUAAAGCGAGACAGAUUGACGUCAUUGAAACCGACGCAGAGAGCCGACCGAAAUCAACAGCAGCAGCAGCCAGCAACCUCGAGUACCUAACUACAAACAUCCUCGGCACUGUAGUACAUCAUUGCCAGAGAGCAUCUUCAGAAAAUAACGAGGUGUAAGUGAUAAGAUGGCCACCUCCUCCUCCAAUCUGGAAGAAGACGAGAGUCUGAAAGGCUGUGAAGUUUUUGUGCAGAAACACAACAUCCAGCAGAUCCUGAAGGAGUGCAUUGUGAACCUUUGCAUCGCGAAGCCUGAGCGUCCUAUGAAAUUCCUGCGGGAGCAUUUUGAAAAGCUGGAGAAGGAAGAAUGCAAACAGAUUCUGGCCCGCCAGAAGUCCAACUCUCAGUCGGAUUCCCAUGACGACGAGGUGUCCCCGCCCCCCCCGAACCCGGUGGUGAAGGCGCGGCGCCGGCGCGGGGGGGUGAGCGCCGAGGUCUACACCGAGGAGGACGCCGUCAGCUACGUCCGGAAGGUGAUCCCUAAGGACUACAAGACCAUGACUGCUCUGGCCAAGGCCAUCUCCAAGAACGUGCUCUUCGCUCACCUUGAUGACAACGAGAGGAGGCCCGUCAGAGCCGCUCUGUGA